AUGCCGGCUGUCAGAAAGUUUAAGAACUACCAAGAAAUACAAGCAUUUCUUGAAGAGUUAGAAAAAACAACAACAGCAAGAUUCAUCACACAGAGAAUCAGCAAUAAACGACACUUUGAACUAGAAGGAGAUGAUGUUACAUCUUUAAAGGGUCACAAAAUUCUUUGGCAAGAUUGUCAAGAAACAGCUAGUCCUUCUGUUGAAUUUGAUGGCACUCCUUAUGUGAACAUAGGAUGGAUGGUAAAAGAAUGUCACCAUUGUUCAGAUAGACAGAGGAGAGCAAAGGAAAAGAAGAAACAAAGACAUAGGCCUGGAGACCAUGAUUACUCUAAUAAAGGAAGAGCACGUAAGAAAAUCCAAAUGUCUAAAAAGCAAGCUUGUCCAGCAACAAUAAGAAUUAGAGCCAUCAUGAAAUUCCCUGAUUUCAAGGUAGAUUCAUACAACAAUAAGUUGAUGAAAAGGAAGAUAUCUAGAAAUCUCAAACAAGCUUUCGCAAACAGAGACACAAUUCAAAAAUCACUUGUUUAUUUGGUGUCAUAUCCAAGUGUCAAUGACCACAAAAACCAUCUUACUGGAGAGUUUGCAGGAUUCACUCAACGUAUUGAUCAGAGAUUAGUAACCCGCAUAAAAGAACUUGUUGCCGAUGGGGUGAGAAAUGUUUCUGAAAUGAAGAGGCACUUACUAAUCUCUGUGAAAAAUGACUUAUGUCCAGAUCAGGAUAUCCCAAGAACAAACAGAAGAUUUUUUCCACUGGACAAGGACAUUAAAAACCACAUGGAUAUUGCCAUUAACAGCUUGAAGUUUUCCAAAGAUGACCAGCAGAACCUUGAGUCUUUGGUGGAAAAAUGGCAGGAAAGUUAUCCUGAGGACAACUUCUUUCUUAGGACGUCGUAUGAUACCACUACCAAUGGUAACAUUCCAUCAGAGGACUUCCUGUUUGUUCACCAGACCGCCUGGCAGAGACGACUUUUAAGCUUGUAUGGGAGAGACAUUUGCAUCAUGGAUGCCACAUAUAAGACCUCAAAGUAUGCCCUCCCUCUCUUUUUCAUUUGUGUGCAAACUAAUGUUGGGCAUUCCAUAUGUGGUUCUUUUGUUGUUUCAACGGAAACUAAAAAGUCAAUUGAGGAGGGUUUAAACAAAAUUAAGGAAUGGAAUCCAGGAUGGACUCCAAAGUAUUUCAUGACAGAUUAUGAUGAAAGGGAAAUCCAUGCAGUUGAGGAAGUAUUUGAAGAAUGUACUGUAUAUCUCUGUUCUUUUCAUCGUGAACAAUCAUGGACACGGUGGUUGAAGCAAAUAAAACAUGGUGUUGGUUCAAAUCAGGAUGAGGUUAUUGAACUAAUGAGAGGAUUAGCUAUUGCCGAUUCAGAAACAGACUACAAAGUAGCUCUAGACAGGCUAAGAGAAAGUCCUCACUGGCAGAAUAAUCAACAACUGCAGAGGUGGUUUGAAAAACAGUGGAUAUCAGUUUCACAUAGAUGGGUUAAAGCUUUCAGAGAAAAUAAUUACAACAUAAGAAUUACAACAACUAAUGGCUUAGAGAGGAAGCAUCAGGAAUUCAAAAGAGGCUACCUGUCACACUACAGUGAAGGUAGUCUUUGCACCAUGAUUGCAACAUUGGUCUCCAGUUUCUUACCUGACAGUUACAGGAGUUAUCUCAAUUACAAUAUUCAGAGUUUUGAGUUUUGCAAGAAGUACUCAUCAUGUGUUCCAACAUUUUUACACAACAAACCUAGGAUGCUUGUCGAGCACUGCAUCAAAAGAAUUCCACCUGAAAUUCAAACUAUUCCCAUAGAAAAUAUACAGGAGGUUGAAGACAGGGCCUAUGCUGUGCAUAGUGUUGACUCCAACAAUGUAUAUCAAGUGAUAUUUUCGGACAUUGAACCCACAUGUACCUGUGUUGACUACUCAAGACAUCAUUUGCCAUGUAAGCACAUGCUUGCAGUGAUGAUGUCCUUACCAGAAUGCAGCUGGGAUAACCUUCCUGAUGGAUACAAGACCUGUCCACAUUUUACUUUAGACCAAAGCAUCAUACAGCAGUGCGUGGAUAGCAUUCCUGACAGUCCAAAUACAUCUCUGCAAGAUGACACACCAGACACAGAUAUUCCACUGAAUCAAGACACAGAUAUUCCACUGAAUCAAGGCACAUCAAAGGAAAAAAGCCCGGAAAAGUCAUGCCAAAAACAGCCAGAUAAACCCAAAACACCACUUCAUAUUCUUCUACAGACUGCUUUAGGUGGACUGAAAGAUAUACAGUCUGACUUAUACCUGAUUAAUGAUUGUCUAGACCUGCAGGAAAUUUCUAACAAAAUAACAGAACUAAAAUUACUCACUGCAUCAAAAAUAAAGAAAGAUUCAGGCUUACCACUCAACAGUACAGACAAAUGUAGAAGACCAUCUUUAAAAAGAAAAUCAGGGAAUCUACCAUUAAGAAAGAAAUACAGGAAAUUAAAUGAAAAACAUUGUGUCCAGUUUGCAGAAGAGGAUGAUGUUAUAAUUAUUGAUGGGACAUAUGACAUGCCCAGCAACCAACAUAGGAACCAUGAGAAUGACAUUGUUGCUACCGAACAAAGCAUGGCCUAUCAAAACAAAGGAAGUCCAGUCAUUGAUGUAGACACUCUUUGGAGGAUCAAACCAUCAGAUUAUUUAGUUGCAAGAAUUGGCAGUUUUAAAAUCACAGACACUUCAAUUGGGUAUUUAAAGACUUCUCUAUCCGAUGAGGUAAUAGAUGCAUACUUACAUCUUCUAACAGAGACAAAGAAGAAUAAGAAGCUUUUAGCCAUUGAUUCAUCAGUUGCAACACCCAUAUUUCAAGGAAUAUCAGAAAAUUUUCAUGGGUACAUGACACAGACAAAAUUCUCCAGUUAUGACAUGAUUCUUGCUGCUGUCAAUGAAAACAACAGCCACUGGACACUUAUAGUGGUAUAUCCAAGUACGAAGAAACUGGUUUACAUUAAUCCACUUGGUGAAUUAAAGAGAACUAUGAAAGAUAUUGGAGAUAAAUUGAGGUAA